CCAAAAGUCCAACCGCUUCCCUACUCACGCACACACUCUCUCUCCCUCCCUCUCUCUCAAGAAACAAAACGGUAAAGCAAAAGCGCGCACACACACACACACACACACACACUUGGAGAGAAAGGGAGAGUGUAGGUGACGAAACGCAGCAAUUCUUUGCCUACCCAUUUCUUCAAUUUUAUAGGAUUAUUGGUUACUGAUUAAGUUUGAUCAAAAGGAAUUUUGAAGGAAAGUUAAACCGACUGACAGAGAAUCAAAAGGAAGCGGUGGAGGGGGUGUUUUGAUCGUUGAAGAUGGUGGACUUGGCUAGAGUGCAGAAAGAGCUUCAAGAAUGCAACAAAGACGUUGAGGUUUCAGGAAUACGCGUGGCUCCUAAAGCCGACUCUCUCAUUCACUUGAUUGGUACCAUUCCUGGGCCUCUUGGUACUCCUUAUGAAGGUGGCACUUUCAACAUCGACAUCACCCUUCCUGAUGGAUACCCUUUUGAGCCUCCCAAAAUGAGAUUUGCCACCAAAGUUUGGCACCCUAACAUAAGCAGUCAGAGUGGAGCAAUAUGCUUGGACAUCCUGAAAGAUCAAUGGAGCCCUGCGCUCACUAUUAAGACAGCACUUCUCUCUCUACAAGCAUUACUCUCUGCUCCUGCACCAGAUGAUCCACAAGAUGCUGUUGUUGCAAAACAGUAUAUCAAAGACCAAAAUACCUUUAUCAGCACAGCUCGCUACUGGACAGAAGCUUUUGCCAAAGCAACAGGUGUUGAGGAGAAGGUGAAAAGGCUUAUCGAGAUGGGCUUUCCUGAAGAUUUAGUGAGGAGUAUUCUGGAAGCUGUUGGUGGUGAUGAAAAUUUGGCCCUUGAGAAACUUUGCUCUGCAUAGCACCUGUUGCUCAACUUCUGCUGGAAUUUGAACUUUAAUUUCUUGUCAUUGAACUUUCUUUUUGCGAUAAGAGACUCAACAUUAUAGAAAGGCUCAAGGAGAAUUGAAUAUAGGUUAUUACUUACAGGGGUUUUUGCAUGCAUUUCACCCCUCAUGAAUGCUUACUGAUACUUUUUCUAAGUGAAGACAAUGAAAUUGCAUGUUAAUUACUGUGAUGA